AUGAUAUUUAAAGGUUUAGAAAGUUUAGAAAAUAUUGUCCAGACCACUUCAAAAAUAGCUUCAUUAAAUUUUUCAAGAAAUGAUGAAUAUGUGAAUACACUAUUUUCAAGACCUGAAAAAGGAAAACAAAUAGUUCGUGAAGCUACACCUCAUGAAACAAAACUUUAUCAAGUAAUAACUUCUUCCAUUGAACCUUUUAAAAGUGAAGAAUUAAAUCAGAUUUCAUGUCAUGAUAAAGUUACUCCUAAAACAAUUGAUAAUUUACUUGGAGAAGCCAAUUCAUUGCUUAUGCUGUGUGAUAUUCCACAUGCUGAUGAUACAAUCAAAUCUUUGGCACAAAGAUAUGAAGAUAUAACUUCAUCAAUAGAUAAAAAAAGAAUGGAAAGGUAUGAAAUAGCAGAACAAAUAAAAAUGACAAACCCAUUUGAUAUUAAAAAAGAAGAAUUAGAAAUCCUUGAAUUGGAAAAGAUAAAAAAUGAUUAUAUUAAAAAGGAUUAUUUAUCAAUACCUAAUCCAUCACAACAAAUAGUUCUUGCAGCAUUUGCAUUAAAAAUUAUACACGAUGCAGGAGGAGAAAUAUCACUUGCGGAACUUAAAGAAAAAAUCAUGAAUGCUAAUUUUCAAAUUCUUUAUGUUUUAGUAGCAAAGUGCUUAAUUGAUAUUGAUAGAUCUAAUGCAAAUAAUAUUGUUAGAUCUCAAUUAUUUUAUUGA